AUGGCGGCGACAACUACGACAUGCUUUCUUAGCGAUUCUUUUGAUGCUUGCUAUACUCAACAUUAUCUCCGAUAUCUAGGUCAAAAUAUCAUCUUUGGCAGUGCGCUCAAGUCUCAGACCAUGCAAAAAGUAGCAUACUCCGAUAUGCGGAGUCUCAUAGCUAACUUAUAUACGAUCACCUCAACCUGCGGUGCUCAUACGCAGUUGCAGAUAACGAUCCAUGCAAGCCCUGAUCCCAUAAAUUCUGUGCUAAGCUAG